AUGAGAAAAAGAAAAGUAUCAGCUUCUUCUACCGCCACAAAUAAUAUUGCUGUUGUUGCUUCUAGUACUUCUCCUGGUCCUUUCAAUUUGGGGCAAAUUUUGGCAAAAUAUGGUUAUGUUCCUAGAGCGACAUUUCGUCCAAACAUUCCUCCACCAACUUCUUCUGUACUUCCACCUUUACAACCAACAACUACUGGAAUUGGAACUUUAUUGAAUGGAUUGCCACAACCAACUUCUUAUUUUACACAACCAAUUUUACGAAAUGAUAUUUGUUAUACACCUGAACAACUUGACCUUGCUUUAUUUUUACAACAACAACAACGUUAUCCAUUUCGAAGAAUACAGCAACAACUUUAUCAAGAUGCUUUAACUUUUGAAAAUCAAAAUAUUUAUGAGGUUUGUGGUAAUGUUGGUAGUGAAUGUUGUGAUAGUAAUGAAGAGGAGGAGGGAGGAGAUGGAAAUGAAGAGAAGGGAAAAGAAGAGGAAGAAGUGGGGAAAUGUGAGGAGGAAGAAGAGGAUAAAUGUGUGGAAGAAGAAGGAAAAGAAGAGGAGGAGGAGGAGAAAGAAAAUGAAGAAGCAGUUCCUCAACUUCAGUUAAAAAAUGUUGGACAAAAUGAGAAUAUUAUUCGACAACAAGCAAAAGAAACUGGUGUUGAAGUUUCACCUGUACUUGUGCCAAGCUCUAUUCCAAGAAUUACUGAUGAUCCGCGAAUUAAUGGAAAAGGAGCCUCAUCAGUAUCUAACAAUCAAGCAACAGCUGCAGCAGUUAUUAAUAGACGUAUUUCUUCUCCACCACCACAAACCCCAAUUGCCGGUGGUGGUGGUUUUAAAGGAUUCCAGCGUCAAGAAAGUGUUGAAGCUUAUCAACUUGCUAUGGCUGCAAAUGGAUUGAAUAAACAAAAACGGCAACAUUUUGAAGAGAAAAAUGAGGGAAUUGAUAAGGAAAUUAACGAAAGGUCACAAAAAUCUAUAAGAGCAAAUUCUAUUGAACAGCAAAUUCCAAAAAGCUUGUUAAAUUCUUAUGGUCCUAGACGUUCUGAAGGUCCUCAACCACAUCAACAACAAUCAUCAUUAUCUUCUCAAACUUGUAGUAAUAUUCAACAAUUGUGUCCACUUAGUGAAGCUACAAUAAGUCUAAAUUGGCGACAACAUGAACCUGGUAAUACUAAUAAACAAACAAAACAACAACAAAAACUAUCAGCUGAUUUACGCCAAACAAAUAUCCAACAGCAACAACAACAAUGGACACCUUUGCAUAGUUUAUCCCAGCAACAACAACAUUCUUCUUCAGCUUUAAUAACUAGAAACGUUCAACCUCUCCUUUCAUUAAGUCAAGCUUUAAAUUCUUCUUCGGGGCAACAACAUCCACCUUAUUCUUUUAAUCAAUUUGUGCAACAAUUACAAGCAGGGAAUACUAGAAAAAUUUUUGACCGAAAUAAAUCUUUUGGUGGACGUGAUCAAGCAAUAGUACCGCCACCAUUUAGAGGAGCACAAAACACAAAUCCUUACAAAUCUCGAACAUGGUCUACAAGCAAUAGUGAUUGGUUAAAUAAACAACAAAAACUUGGAAAUAAUGAGGGAGGAGGUCAAUGGCAAGGAGGAGGAGGUCGAAAUGUUGGAAUAAAAAGACAACAUCAACAACAGAGGUGGAUAGAGAAUGAUGGAAUUGGAAUUAAAGGAGGUUCAACUAGUAGUAAAACAGUGAUGAGACGUAGUGGAAGUGAAUAUAACGUGAAUAAUAAUACACCAAUUGUUAUGGCAAAUAAUAAUGUUUUGCUUCAACAACAACAACAACAACAACAAUUAUUUUUUGAUGAAAAAAGAGGAGAAGGAGAAAUGUUGGAGAAACAAUACCAAAGACAGCAGCAACAACAAAAUAAAUUUCAGCAACAUAGAAAGGUUAGACCUCCAUUUGCUUCAGCUAACCGUCCAACGCGACCAACAUCAAUUCGUUUUCCUGAGGGUAGCAACAUGUCAACAGAAAAAGAAUUUGGUGUUGUUAUUGACCAACAUAAUUUUUCAAACCUGAAAGGAUUAAAUAAAAUUGAUGAACAACAACAACAGCCAUCAAGUUAUAAUUUUGAAGAACAUGUAGAAGAAUUUCCAGCAUUAAGUUUAAGUCAAACAAAUAGUCGUAAAGCAUGUGAAUGUCAUUCAGAACAACCAUCACCAUCAUCACCCAAAUUGUUAUUAGACCAACAACAACAAGCUUCUUUAUUUUCAAUUAAACAACCAUUUUCUGUUGUUGUAGCAGGUGGGGGAGGAAAUGGAGGAAGGCCAAGAAGAGCAACAAUUGGAACAUCUACAGCUACGUGUACAACACCUUCGGGGAAUGGUCGAAAAAUGAAUAAUAAUGUUGAAAAUGUUUAUUUAACUGUUGGAGGAGGAGGAGAAGCAACACGUACUCCUAGAAGUGAUACAAUAAGUUGUGGAAGUGGAGGUGGGCAACAAGAGCACCAAGUAUUAUUAGGUCAGCAAAGACGAAGUUAUGCACAGGCUAUGUUAAAAAGAAAUGGUAGUGGUGUUGGUGGUUCUGUUGCUGGUGGAGAAGAAGAAAGAUCGUCUGUCUUGGCUAAAGACAGAAAGAAUUCUACAUGUAAGGAAGGCAUGGAAAACAACAACAAUCAGGAUGAUAACAACACCAAUUUUCCACCUAUUUCUUCGUUAGGCACUGAAGUUUAA